AGACCAGGCGUUCGUCCUUCAGUGGUACGUAAACACAGUUGAGAAUUGGGCAGAAGACUGACAAAGGGGGCUAGAGAGCGGGAGAGAGCAACAGUUCUUGCUCCGGCAGCUAACUGAUCACAGAGUUCCCUUGAUUGCUGCGCGGGGGCUUGAGCACCCGGGAGUGAAAAUCUCGCUGUUGAUUUUGAUUGUAUUUGUUGUAAUUGCAUCACUCCCACCCCCCAUCGCCCUAGAAAUAACAUCAGCAACAACAAGUGGAGGCUGAGAGCGUGACUGGUAGCUGGACUGCGGGGCGAGCAGCUGCAGUGUGCACGGGCGUGAGAGGGAAAUUGCCACAAGCAGGACGCAUCUUUUUUUAUCAAUAGCCAGAGCCGGGCUUGGUACAGGGAUUAUGUCACGUUGAUUCACAAAUCCUACAGUAAGCGCCGGGGUUGGGAAGACUAGUGAUCACACACACACACACACAUACGUGCCCUCCCGCGAGCGCGCGCACACACACGCGAAUCCUCUCUUUUUUUCUGGAGCAAGAUUCUUGAUUGUUGUUGUUUUGCUAAGAUCUGGGCUAAGAAGUGAUCGUCGCUGACCAGAAUUCUCCAGAGCCGGGCUAGCCGUCUGGCUCCCUCCAGGAGGUCUGGUUCCAUAUAAAGGGAAGUGAGAAAGAGAAGUCAUCAACCUGUAGUUUUGACGGUCCCUACACCUGCAAACCUAGAUUGCUUAGUACAGUCCUCUCCUCGGGAGCUCUUUCUCCAGAUCCUUGGACGAACGAGAACAGCGUUGCUAUUUCUCUGCCUAGGAACAGUUAAGUACUUCUGCAUGAGCAUAACCAAAGGGUGAUCCACUCCCUUGUCCCCUAUGGAGACCUCAGAGCCAGUGUUGCAGCCUUCUCCUCCUCCUCCUCCUCUUGCCACUGCAGCUACUGCCCUGGGUGCUGCUCCAAGGUUUGAGACACUGUUGACAGGCUGAAGAAAGAAGGCUUGCAAAGACCUCCUCACUGUGUAAAUAAAAUGAUGGCUGGAAGUUACUUCAACUCCCUAAAUAUUAUUAUUAAGCAGUAAUCAUAUUGCUAGGCCAAAGCAUUGCUUGGAGCAAAUGAGAAAAGAGACUAUUGGCAUUUGGUUACAAUGAUAAACUAAAGAUCUGAAACUUUUUGGGGUCAAGAAAACAACAGGACAGUUACCUCCUUGCUUUGCAUAAACAUUUGCUCGUUGCUGGGUGCAGUCCUUGGAGUCUACAACAAAAUCAUGACUUUGAACAGAUGUGUGGAUUCUGGAUAGGCCACUGGAGUGUAAUAAGAAUAAAGAGGCUUGGUGGAUGAAAGGACAAGGCCUAGACUCUUUCUGAGAUCAAAUCUGAAGGCUGCAUCUGUUAUUUUUUUGAUAGCAAAACAGUUAUUUGUGUCAGACAUCCUGGAUGAUAAGAAAAUGCAGAUUUUGUGGUGGUUACAAUUUUGCAAAACACAAAUUCAGUUUUAUUAAUAACAUGAUGUGCUGUGCUUCCAAGAAACUGUCCUCCAAAUGCAAAUGGCUUUGAACUUGUCCUCAUAGAAGUCAAGGUGUGACUAUAGAUAUUCCAGACUAUUUUGUAUUAAACAAAUAAACAAUUACAAAAUGGAGGUUGCAAUGGUGAGUGCAGAUAGCUCUGGCUGCAACAGCCACAUGCCCUAUGGAUAUGCCGUCCAGGCUCGGGCUCGGGAGAGAGAACGACUGGCACACUCGAGGGCAGCGGCAGCUGCAGCUGUGGCAGCAGCAACAGCAGCAGUAGAAGGUGGGGCCUCGUUAGGAGGCGGACCCUAUCACCACUACCACCAGGUACAGAGUGGGGGGGCUUCCUCUUCUCACAAUGGCAAUGCAUCACACAGCAGUUUGCUCCAGCGUCAGAACAGCAGAAGGAGAAAGCGAGGGAGAAAGAGGAGCCACUAUCUGGGUAGCAGGGAUUGUGGGGCCUCCUUCCCCUGUUCUGAGCUGCUGCCUCUCAGUGGCUCUGAAGAGAAGAUACUGAAGGACUUGAGUGAGGAGGAAGAGGAGGAUGAGGGGGAGGAUGAAGAGGAUGAGGAGGAAGGAAAGUUCUUCUACAGUGAUGAGGAUGAGGUGGAUGAGUUUUCGUAUUUGGACCAGCCACCUGAUGAUUGUGGCGGUGGUGGCCCUGGGGGCUACAGCACUAUACGCUACAGCGAGUAUGAGUGCUGCGAACGGGUAGUGAUCAACGUGUCAGGACUGCGGUUCGAGACUCAGCUGAAGACCUUGGCUCAGUUCCCUGACACACUGCUGGGUGAUCCGGCAAAGCGGGGCAGGUACUUUGACCCACUCAGGAAUGAGUACUUCUUUGAUAGGAACCGGCCCAGCUUUGAUGCCAUCCUGUACUACUACCAAUCUGGGGGCCGUCUGAAGAGGCCAGUCAACGUGCCCUUUGAUAUCUUCACUGAGGAAGUGAAAUUCUAUCAGCUUGGGGAGGAGGCCAUGCUCAAGUUCAGGGAGGAUGAAGGGUUCGUCAAAGAGGAAGAGGAUAGGGCUUUGCCCAACAAUGAGUUCAAGAAGCAGAUCUGGCUGCUGUUUGAGUACCCAGAGAGUUCCAGUGCAGCCAGGGGCAUUGCCAUUGUCUCUGUCUUGGUCAUCUUGAUCUCCAUCGUCAUUUUCUGUCUGGAGACUUUGCCAGAAUUCAGAGACAACAAGGAGCUCAUAUUGUCCCUGGGCUUGGGGAGGGGGCUUUUCAAUGAGACUCUGCACCUGGAUGGUGGAGGGAACACUAUCUUCAAUGACCCAUUUUUCAUUGUUGAGACAGUCUGCAUCAUCUGGUUCUCCUUUGAGUUUACAGUGAGAUGGUUUGCCUGCCCCAGCAAAGCGGUCUUCAUCAAGAACAUCAUGAACAUCAUAGACAUUGUCUCCAUCUUGCCUUACUUCAUUACCCUGGGCACUGAGCUGGCCCAGCAGCAGGGCAGUAAUGGUCAACAGGCCAUGUCUUUUGCAAUCCUGAGGAUCAUCCGUCUGGUCAGGGUGUUUCGCAUCUUCAAGCUCUCCAGACACUCUAAGGGUUUGCAGAUCCUAGGUCAUACGCUCAGAGCCAGCAUGAGGGAGCUGGGGCUCCUCAUCUUCUUUCUUUUUAUUGGAGUCAUUUUGUUUUCCAGUGCUGUUUACUUUGCAGAAGCUGAUGAACCUUCCACUCAUUUUCAAAGCAUCCCAGAUGCCUUUUGGUGGGCUGUAGUGACCAUGACCACAGUUGGUUAUGGUGACAUGAAACCCAUAACUGUGGGUGGGAAGAUAGUCGGGUCCCUGUGUGCCAUCGCAGGUGUGUUAACCAUUGCUUUACCAGUGCCAGUGAUUGUCUCCAAUUUUAACUAUUUCUAUCACAGAGAGACUGAGAAUGAAGAACAAACACAACUGACGCAAAAUGCAGUCAGUUGUCCAUACCUCCCAACAAAUUUACUGAAGAAAUUUAGAAGCUCAUCAUCUUCUUCCACAGAGGGUAAAUCAGAGUAUUUGGAGAUGGAAGAAGGAGUUAAAGAGUCUCUUUGUGUAAAGGAAAAAAAAUGUCAGGACACAGGGAAUGACAGUGAGACAGAGAAGAAAAACUGUGUAAAUUCAAAAUCUGUGGAAACUGAUGUGUAAUAUUGAAAGUUUCCAAAUAUAUUUAUGCAUUAAAGAGUGCAGUGAUAAAAAUGAAAUAUGCAAACAAAAGUCUCAAGCAUACAAUAGUAUGCCCUUUAUUGGUUAAAUACAAAUACAGAAUAGUGUUGCUAAACUUGUAUUACAUAUCAAGUAAAUUAUAUACCUUGUGGAAGAGGUGGUUUGAGCUUAUGUAAUUUCAAACUUUAUAUUUUUAUUAGAAUGCAGGCAUUUUGCACAUGAGGGGAAGAAAUCAUUAAAACCAAGACAGUUUUAAAUUGGGUGUGUGAACUGUUGACAUCACUAAGAUCUCAGUGGUAAAAGUUGGCAUUCAGAGGUAUUUACUAUGUAAGAAACAAUGAAGUUCAGCAGUCAUUAUCCAUUUAUCAAUGCUUUAAUAGCUGUUACCAUAAAUCUUUGGAUUUCAUAGUUGUCAUCUUCAAAACAGUAAAAAUUAUUGUAAAAACCAAAAUUAUUCUACAGAACAUAGGUCUAAAUGUUAUCUUGAAAUAGCUAAUGUUUGUUUUUAAUUGGAAAUUAACUUUGAAAAGGCUGCUGAACCUCCAGAAAUUGUUUAUUUUUAUAACUCUCUUUGGAGGCAUUGCAGCAUUUGUUGUCUAAUACAUGGAAGAAAUGAAGUAAGAUAAUCAUUUAACAUGGUCUGAAUGCAGUGUCAAAGUGACUGGAAUGCUUUUUUGCACUACUUUUUAUGCUGGAGAUAUAUUGAAAGAGACUUCAUACUGUGAAUGUUUACUAAUGUAGUAGUUCAAUGACAAUCAUUGGAAGAGUGAAUUCUGCAUCUCAUUUUAUUGUUUUGUGUGUGUGUGCGUGUGAUGCUGAUGGCUAACCAGCUAAUGUUACAUUAAGUCCAUAGUCUUUUAAUUAUUACUAUCUGUGAUCUGGAAAAGGACUGUGAAGUAAAAUUUUAUAAUCUUUUUUUUGUUUUUUAAACAGUCUGCUCAAUUGAUGCCCUCAAGAAAUUACAAUGUAUUUUAUAUUUUCUUUACUGGUUACUUCAGCAUUCAGAAUCCAUGAUAAAUACAUGCACUUUGUCAGUAUUGAUGUAAUUCUGAGUAAUCGAAGGGACUGUAGCAGUAAUAAGAUGUUCAACUGAUACAGUGAUGAGGACUAAGGAUUGCUAAAUGUGCUAUUAUUGGAGCUGUGUUUUUUUCCUUAAUUACAGCUUUCACCCAUGUGCAUUUGAAAUAACCUUUAAGAUCCAUAGUAGGCAUUCUGGGAUUUAGAAUAAACACUUCAGGACCCACGCUGUCCUCAAAAAAGCAUUUGUUGAUCCAUUCUCGCUUAUGUUUAAGCCAGUUCUACCUUCCUUGUGCACCCCAAGCUCCUAUUAACCUCAGUUGGAGAUGUGGGUGUGCAAGGACUGUACUGUCAGGCCCACUGCAUAUUUCAGAACGUGGAAUGAAAUAGGGAAGGUAUCAUCUAACAAAGUAUGCAUUCAAAAUAGGUAUUUUUGGAGACAGAAUUAUCUGGGAAGGGCAUUACUAAAGUGGAACAGUUUCAUUGCGGAAUCCAGAAAGGUCCAAAUUACUAUCCUUGAACAAUAUUGACACGAGCACUUUGGGACCUGGAAACAGGCAUUGUUAGAAAUAGAGGGAGUUAAACAACACUAGUAAGUUGGUGUGAUUUUUGCAAUGGCAAUCCAAAGCCCAAAAGAGGAAUUCUGGGAAUGACAAAUGACAAAGUUCUGGUGCUGAAAAGUGUCAUUUUUUUAGUACCCAGAACUAACCUCAAUUAGUGUAAAUUGCACACAGGUAUCAACCUGGCGUGGUUAAUUUUCAGCAACAUCAUGUGGCACAGAAUGGAGCCUUAGGUUGAGGAUUUUCCCGGUUGGUCAGUUUUUGCCCUCAUGGUUAUUGUGUGGGUCAUGUCAGCCAAGAAGAUCCUCUACUUAUCCUCCAAUACAAACAUCACUAAGCUUAUUAAAAAUACAUUAAUAUUAUUGAUGGUACAGCAGAAAACACGGCAUUGUGCUCAGCCUUGAUUGAAAGGCCACAGAUAAGCAUUAGAUUCCUCGCAUAAAAUCCUGAACAGAUUUCACCAACUUUUUGAAGAGGCAUUAAGCAAAGGUCCUAUUUAGUGUGCUGACAUUAAAUUCAGCUAAGUUUUAAAGUGUAAUACCCAAAUAGUUUCUAUUUGUAGAAAUUCACUAUAUGUAAGAUACUGUAUUUCAUUCUUGCUAUUCUAGGGAAACAAAUUUUUAAAAAAGCCUAUAAAGAGGAAGUGUUAGUAAUAAGAUGAGCGUUACUAUAUAUACCACAAAAAUCAACCAAAAUAAAGUGCUUUGUUAACAGGUGUCAGUAACAGCUUAAGAACAUAUGGAUUCUUGUGUAUACUGAAUUUAUAGCAGUACUAUAUAAGCUAGGUCCCAGGUGAUCUUAUUUGAGUCAGUAAAAAGGUAGUGAAAAUAAGGGAAGUACAAGCUAAAGACAAAUGAGUGGAAAAUAAGGAGUGCAGGUGUGCAUGAUAAUUUGGCUGAUAGGGAAAGUGGGAAAUUUAGGCUGGAUGAGAGACCAUGGAAUUUUGAAUCUUCAGACUGAGAGUGUUGUAGAAAUAAGGAAUAAAGCUCUUUGUUUCAGAGGGAAAGGCAUAUGUUGCAUUACUCUUGGGGACUUGCAGUAGUAAAUAGAAGAACAUUAUGAUGUCAGAUGAAACUGCUGUGCCUCUUGAAGAUGUAUAUGAGCCUGUGUACAUGUAAUUGUUAAGUCAGGGGUUGCCAAUAUAAAUGAGAAUAACUGUAGCUCAAAAUUAGGUAUUGCUACUAGUUUGGCAGACCAUUCUGAAACAUACAAAAUGACCCUGCGUUUCCAGAAAGGAAACUAAUAUCUUUACACGGACCUUUGGAUUUGAUCGGCCCACUGCUCAUCAGUCCAAUCAGUUAUGACAGUCUGAAAAGGCCUCACCCCAAACACACCUUCAGUCCAUGAAAAGGCUAAAAUCUGUAGGUCAUAAAUCCUUUCAAUAAAAUGGAAAGUCUCAAUAAAAUACAACUUAGGUUGCAACUUUGUGCAAGAGAAAUCCCUGUUUAAGCACCUAUAGUUCCCAUUUAUUACCACCGCUGCUGCUAUCAAAGCUUUCUUAAUGUUAUUUGAUGCUGACAACUACCAGAAUAAAAUAUUGUCAUCAUUUGGGCAUUCUCUGAUUCUUAAAUUAUGGACGAGAAAUGCAUCCCUGGUAUAAGUGUACUGAUGGAGUUGCACCAGGGAUAUAUUUGGCCCGAGUACUGUAGUUCAGACCAUGCCACAACAGACAUAUGCUCCAGCUGCAAAUAACACAAAAUGAAAUAUUUUGAGAUUUUGGGCCUGAUUGGUGUAAAAUCUAGAGCAAUUCCAGUAGAAGUCAUUGAGUUACACCAAUGCAAAGUGGGAUUUCAAAUGGAUUUCCGUUAAUUUUCUAAAUUGCUCGUCAUGUUCAGGAAUAAAUAUAUCAUUUUAUCGUUCCACUUGGUGACAAGGCAAGAAAGCAGGUUUUUAAGGAGUGUGCUUUGCUAAGGGAACAGCUGAUUUAAUGCAUGACUUAUAUUCAGAGACUUAUAUUUUUUCCUUCCUUACAGUCAUGCUGUUUCUUGAAAUCACAUUGACUCAUGGAAACCUCAGUCUGGGUCCCCAAACUGGUAUAAACCCAACUGUUGUGUUUCUUUGUUAAGGAGCACAAUGUCUAGGCUUCUCAGUGUUUAGCAAAGCCUUCUCAGAAUGGUUCUAACAUAAAACCCAUUGAUGGAAAGCACAGUUCUUUGUUUCGGUUUGAAGAAAAAUCUCCUGUCUCCUUUUUUUGCGUUGAAGAGAGUCCAUUUCAUUUGUUUCCAUGUCAUGCAAAGUAAUUUUAGGCAGUGCAGGUGCAUGGACAAAUUGUUAUAGGUAUGUCCAAGUCACUACAACCUUGUGCUUGGUAUUUUGCGGAUGUUAAAUAUGAAUUCUGGAUUGUUCUUUGUCAUAGAAAGCAUAAUUUGGUUGGGUUUUGGGCCAGCAAAACUUUGUUCUAGCUCAUGAUGGAACAUGAAAAAUCUAUUCUGGAUGGCUUUGGUGUGUACAAAGUCUGAUUUAAGUGUCAUCAGGUCAUAUCCCUGAACAAAAGAAAAGAACUGUGUUUAGUGGCUCCAGACCCAGAAAGUUCAUGUCAGGUGUGUUUUUUGAAUUGUGGGACGUUCAUUCUAACUGACCUGGUGUUAUGAAAAAUCAAUUUUUAGGUGGCUCAAGAGUAUGAAAAACUUAUACUUCAUGGUUGGGAAAGCAUGGGAAGGGCAUUUUAGAGGAAAGGUGACAGGAAAGGCAGCUCUGAGUACCCACCUAUACUCAUAAUCUAGAAAUGCCUAUUUUGGGCAUGCCUAGUUUUUCCUGCAUAGCCUUGAUUUAUGAUGUGGCCUCUUAGUGAUCCCAGAGCUUGGGAAGCCAAUUUUCAGUGCAAACAAAGUAUUAAAAUAAGGCUUGUGGAAAUUUGUUGGUAGUCUUCAAAUUAAAUAUGAACUUUACUUGGUAUUUUAGCUUUCAGUAAUGGAAAUUUAGCUUUCAGUAAUUUAGCUUUCAUUUCUGACUGGUCCAGUGUUUGUUCCGCUUUCACUGUAUCCUAUCAUAAAUACUGGCCUAAAUUAUUGCAAUUGGUAUGAAAAAAGUAAUACGUCAAAACAUGGAUUAGCUUUUUAAAAUUGACAUAACAUCCAGCAUAGAUACUAUAGUUUUUGUUAUAAUAGGAGUGACCAAAAUCCAAAUUCAUAAUAUUUGUAGACAUGGCUCAGGGUAUGCAUGUUAUUGUUGAUGUAUUUGAAUGACCAAAUAUUUUUGACUUUACAGUGAAUGGGUCUUGUUUAAUGGUUUACCCAUAUUUGUGCAUCUUUGUUUGAAACAAGUGAUUGUGGAGAAAUCCGUUAUUUUUAAAUCACUGAGACGGAAAUGAACCUACUUUCAUUUCCACAAAGAUCAUAUGAGGUGAAAAUAACUCUUGACAACUUAAUUCCUGGUUAAACACUUAAAAGAUUUUACCUGGGAACCAGGUGCAAAUAUGAAACUUUAUAUAUUACUUCCAUGCUUUCUAUGUAUUCAGAACUCGGAUUACAUAUUAGUUCAUAAAGACAAGUCAUUAAAUCAUUUUGUACUGA